GUGAAACCGAAAUAACGGCGUCGUGAGAGAUAGGUUAUUAGCUACUGAAUAUAAUUCGGUUUAAUUCAAAUAUCGUUAAUACGAAUUAGGGUGACACAAAAAGUUCUUAAACAAUCACCAUAUCAGUAGUUGAUGAGGAUUUUAUGUAUACUGAUAAAUAUAUAUUAUCUUUAUCCAUAAAGAGUCGUGGUCUGCAAGAAUAUUCUCAAAAUUUGUCAUAGCAGCCAAUGUAUUGUGUUCCAUCGAAGAUUUGAAGUGAAUUAGUAUGUGCACUUCUAUGGAAAAUUUGUUUGACGUGAUUACACUUGUGCAAUAGACCAUUGAAUCGCCUAAUUGUCGUAAAUAAUUAUCAUAACAGUUUACAAAUAUUUUAAUUUGUAAUUAAAAUGACAGUGCUGGACUUUUUGAUUCCUCUAAGGAAAGAUGAAUUAUUAGAAUCGCACUGUGGACAAUAUACUGUGAAAAAUUUAGUCCCAUUACAUGCAGUAGGAGAAGCACUUGAUGCUGCAAGAUCUGCGGUUCAAGAAAGUGGAGCUAAAUUUAUUUUACAGCACUUUGACACUUUCUUUUCUAUAUUAUUACAUGACAAUAAACUAAAAUUACCAAUUACAAUUCGUGCCUUUGACAGAAUCUUUAAAGCUUCAGAAUUAUUGAUAAGGGAUUUGGAAGAAGCUUAUAGUCGUGAAACUAACUUAGAUCAUGAAGAACGACAGGAGUUAUUAUGUAUCAACAAGAUGUUAUCAUACUUAUUAUCUUCAUAUACGAUUUACAUCGAAGAACACAUUCAAGAAGAUAUCGUUCAAAACACUUUCAAAAAGAGGAAAAAUACUACAAAGAAAUCAGACAUCGAAGAAGAAUGGGAAAUUCGCAGGGAAAAAAUAUUUCAUAUGAUAUACCGUUGGCUUCAAAUUCCCUUAGUGAAAUUGUGGCAUCCCCCAAUUGUUGAGGAUUCAUUUAUUGGAACAUUUUCUCAAAUGUGUUACAAAAUCUUAGAACGAAGCAAAGAUAUAAAACAAAAAAUUGUAGUAAAUACAGUCUUUGAAAUUUUGGGAACACUUAUUAAAAACUAUAAUUAUGGGAUAAGCUGUUCUAUAAGAAUUGUACAGUUAAUAAAAAUAUAUGAUACAAUAGCAGCGCCAUUAGGCAUAGGUGUCAUGCACAUGGUUUCCAAAUGUGGAAAUAAAUUGUUGUUAAAAGAAAUAAUGAGAGAGAUUGAUCAAUGUGAAUUUCAAGAAUCAGAGGGUCGUAAUUUGGCAGUAUUCCUUGAUACUAUGGCUACCACUGAACCAAAAUUAAUUGUUUCUAUUAUUGAUGAUAUAAUGGAUCAUCUACAGAAUGAAUGCUACAGCAUAAGAUGUGGAAUAAUUAGUGUACUUGGAACGGUUAUAACGAAGGCAUUAACAGAUGAAGAUCUUGAACGCACAGACAAACAAAAACGUGAUGAAUGUUUCAACAACAUAGAAGAACACCUGUUAGAUUACAAUGCCCACGUUAGGUCCAAAGUUCUUCAAAUUUUGCAGAAUUUGUGCUGUGAACGUGCAAUUCCAUUGAAUAGACAAAAACGACUGAUCCAUGCAACAACUUUACGAUUAGAAGACAAAAGUGCAAACGUUCGCAAACAAGCUCUUCAGUUUUUACGAGCAAUGUUACAGAUUAACCCACUUGCAGCUGUGUUAAACCAAGAUGAGUUUUCAAGAAAGUUGUCUGUCAACAAGGAAAAGCUUUCAGAAAUGCAAAAAAAAUUUAUUACUGCCAGUUCUGAAGGAAAUGAUGAAAGAUCAGAGUUCCUACGCGAGCAUCUUCCUGAAAUGCAAAAAGCCGUCAAGGAAGUUUUAAAUAACCAAACUGAAAAUAGUCCAGAUAAAAUAGAAAACAUUGACACAGAUAUUGCUUUUGAAGAGGUGAGACGAUUACUGCUGUCUAAUCAAAUUUUGAAAGCAGUGAAAUAUCUAUGCUCUAUUAUUGAAAAUGUUCCGGACGUUCCUAGUAUGGAUGAUCUCUCAAAUGCAGACAAAGAAAGAAAUUUAUUAACAUUUCUAUAUAAAAUAUUUAUGGAGUCAGAAAGUUCACAAAAGAAUACCCCGAGAAGUGAAUCAGAGGUACAAGAACUGAAGGAAUUGAAUAACCAAAAAUUGCGUGUGAAGUACCUGGAGGAUUGUUUAGAAUUCAGCAAAGCAAUCGAUAAAGCAAUACCUUUGAUAGAGAAUUUGCUUUACUCUGGGACAUCAAGCGUUGCUAUAGAGGCAUGUACGUUUUUAGGAACUGCAUGUCAGUUUAAUGUGUCUAAUGCAGAGGCAGGUAUACGUAAGGCUUUGUUUCAAAUAUAUAGUUCUGAUCAAUCAGUACGUGACAAUUUGAUAUUAGUAUACAAAGAACUGUACUUAGAAAAAAAAGAGACGAACCAAUCUGAACGUCAAAGAGUAAUCAUUGCUGUUGGGUCAUUAAUCAAAUUGUUAAAAAGUCUCGAACCAAAAGAAACUCCUGCUCUUGCUCAACUUAUGACUGCAUGGCAUACAAAUGGUGAUAUUAAUUCCACAGUUCUUCAGGUGAUGUGGGAAAUUUAUUCGAUGAAAUUGCCUGGUGCAACGACGGUGGACAGUCAAGCGGCUAUUAUGUUAGUAACCAUGGUGGCUCGAAACAAUCCAGAAAUCAUAACAAGUAAUCUCGAGACCUUAAUUAAUGUGGGCCUAGGCCCACGAUCAUUAAACGAUUUGUACUUCGUUAAUGAUACAUGCAAAGCACUAUUAAAAAUCAAGGUUGAUGAUGCAACAAACUCAUUCAAAAGACUGGAAAAUAAUCACGAGAUCAUCAAGCGGGUAACCGAAAUUCUGAUAGACCAAUUUGUGAACACGAAGGAACGUGGUUAUGUCACGUUUGUCACAAAUUCCAUCAACGUUAUAUAUCACUUAGCAGUUCAACCGGAUGUAUUAAUAAAAUACGUAUUACAAAAAGUGGUAUCACAAUAUGAAUCAAAGGAAGGUCGAGUUGUAUCUGCAUCUUUGACUGCAAGAUUACUUCACAUUGUUGGACACGUUGCUAUCAGACAUUUGGUAUUUUUGGAUACCGUUGUUUACAAGGCGUUAAAACGAAAAAAUGUUAAUAAACAGAAAAGAAAUAGUAUUUCAGGACAACCUUCAUCGGCUAAUGUAAGCUUAGCAACAUUGGCGACAUCUGUCAGUGCUGACUUGUCUUUGCGUAAUAAAGAAAUGAGUUACAUAGAAGAUAAUGGUGAGGAAGCUUUGGGACUUGGAGCAACUGUUGAUAUAGAAGCAGAACAAAUUAACCAUGUCCUUGAAAACACUGUCGUCACAGGGAAUGGAUUACUAACAAAAUUUGUCCCAUUCGUACUAAAAGUUUGCCGGCAUCCUGAUAUAUAUAAAACCGAGGAGUUGCAAGCAGCUGCCGCUCUUGCCCUGAGUAAAAUGAUGACCGUAAGCUCCACCUUCUGCGAGCAACAUCUGCAACUAUUAAUAACAAUAUUACAGCGAUCUUCGUACUCUGGAGUUAGAUCUAAUAUACUCAUAGGAUUGACGGAUUUAACUAUUAGAUUUCCCAAUCAAGUGGAACCAUGGACGAGUCAUAUUUACGGAAGGCUGCGAGAUGAAGAUGUCGGAGUUCGAAUUACUUGCGUGAAAAUGUUAUCAAAUUUGAUACUGAGAGAGAUGGUGCGCGUAAGAGGACAAGUCGCAGAGUUAGCCCUUUGUAUAGCAGAUCCAGAUCCUCAAAUUAGAGAAGAGACCAAAAUGCUCUUCAUGAACCUUUCUCAGAAGGGCAACACUCUACUCAACGUGUUGCCCGACAUUCUAUCCUGUCUGUCGAGUUCUGAACUUAAAUUGAACGAGGACAACUUUCAAGAAAUUUUUAAAUUCAUUCUGGGACUCAUGCAGAAGGACAAGCAAGUCGAUAUAAUCGUUGAGAAAUUGUCCACGCGUUUUAAGUUGGCCACUACACAGCGUCAAUGGCGAGAUUUAUCGUAUUGUCUAUCCCUUUUAACAUUUAAUGCUAAAAGUAUCAAGCGAUUAAUUCACAAUCUGCCAUUCUUGAAGGACAAAAUUCAUUAUACGUAUGUUCAGAAAGCUUUGAAAAGUAUAAUAGACCAAAAUGGCAAGAGGAAACCAGAAACAAAAGAGGCGUGCCUAGAAAUGGAAGAAAAAAUUAAAGAAAUGUUAAAGGAAACGAACGACACCGAUAAUAACGACGCUGAUAUAAUGCCUCCUCCUCCAACUCCGCGUUUGAAUACUGUUAAAAAGAAAUCUAAAGCUAAAAGUAGAGUUUCAAGGAAUGAUGUCGAAGACGAUGACGACGAUGAAAAUCUUUCAGGCAGCGAUAAUAUAGAUGCAGAUGCAGUUACGAGUGCGACAAGAGUGUCUCAAAGAUUAAAGGGCAAUAGGAAUUCGAGGAGCAGUUCAUCUCCGGCAUUAAAGAAACGACGUACAAUCACUGAACAAACCCCAGCAAGAACGCAUCGAACGCUCAGGUCAUCGAGUACAAAAGACUGAAACAAAUAACGUAAGACCCGUUGCAAUUCUUCUAUUAUAAAGUGUGCUGGAUGGCGAGAUAUUCGAUAUCGAGUUCACUUCAGCAGAGUAUCGUACAAAUGCUUAUAAACAUAGUCAUGUCAAUUUAUAAAUAUUUUUAGAGGUGUUAUUUUUACAAAACUAAGAUCAAUUAUUUCUUUUGCAUCUUCAUAUUAACAUUAGACGGUAUGUUAAGAUGUGUUCUAUACGUAAGUGCGAAAGAAAGAGUGUGAGGGUACAAGAGCGUAUAUUUGAUUGAUUUUGAAGAGUAUUCUUCUAGUUGGAGAAAUGAAGAUUAGGCUAACGCAAUAUUUGUACCUUGUCACUUACAUUAUGUUUAUAAGGUGUAAAGUAUUGCAAAAGAAAACUCAUAACUAUAUAAAAAUUUAGAGAAUCAUUUAUUUACGAAGUUCAA